CUAUAAAAGCCCUGCACUCAGAGUCUAUCGCACCUAAACUCAUGUUCAGAGAAGCUGCUGCUGCAUUUACGAGCAUCUGCUUAUUCAUCUCAACAGAACCAUCACAGAAGAGACGCUUCUUCAAUAUUUCCAUAUUUCUGUUUAUUAAAAAAAAAAAAAACGUGAUUAGACGAAAACGGUUUCAUUCUCAAUUAUUUUUUAAACCUCCACGGACGUGUGCAGGAUAGUUCUUGUCUUUCAGCGUUUUUCUUUUUCUAUUAAUUUCAGUGUUGGCGUUGAAAUGGCUUCAAAUUCAGUGAGUGAUCUGAGGAUUGUGCUGAUAGGAAAGAAUGGAUCAGAAAACAGCCGAGUGGGGAACACUUUACUGGGAUCAGAAGUGUUUCACAGUGGAGCUGGGUCUUAUUCACAGCAGCACAGUGUGAGAAUCAGUGGAGCUGUGGAGGAGAGACACAUCACAGUUAUAAACACUCCUCUCCUGCCUCCAGAAGAAUCGCUCACACCAUCAGAUAACAGAGAGAGUGAGAGAGUGUGUGUCUCUGUCUGCUCCAGGACCUCAUGUGAUCAUACUCGUACUGCAGUAUAAUGACUUCAAUGAGAACAACAGACACAGAGUGAAAUAUCUGCUGAGCCUCUUCAGUGAGCAUGCCAUGAAACACACUAUAGUGCUGACUACUGAUGAAGAGAGCACAAAUAAUGCUAUUCAUGAUUUAAUAAAGGAGUGUGGAGGAGGACAUCUACAGUUUGAUACAGUAAACACAAGAUGGCGCUCUGAGCUGAUCAGAAGAACAGAAGAGAUACUCAAGAAAGAUCAAGAAGAAUUUCUCCUCUGUAACAUGUAUGAGGAUGGAGGUGAUGGAGCAUCAGUGGAUGUAGAUCUGAGCAGAUCUGGAGCUUCAGUCAGAGCAGAAGAUGAAGAGGAGGAUUCUGAUCGUGAUGGAGGAGAUUCAGAGGAUGUGAAGUUGAAUCUGCUUGUGUGUGGGGGUAACAGAGAAUUAAAAUCCUUCACAUCAAACCUGAUCCUGAAGCAGAGCGAGAGAAGAUCAGAGCUGAUCUCAGAGUGUGUGAGGAGAGACGUGGAGCUUGAUGGACGUCUGAUCAGUCUGGUGGAGCUUCCAGUUCUGUUCAACACUGAGCUCUCAGAGGAGGAAGUGAUGUGUCAGACUCACCGCUGUGUGUCUCUCUGUCAUCCUGGAGUUCAUGUGUUCAUCCUCAUCAUUCCUGAUGCUCCACUUAAUAAUGAAGACAGAGCAGAAAUAGAGGAGAUCCAGAAGAUCUUCAGCUCAAGAGUCAACAAACACAUCAUGGUCCUCAUAAAGCAGAAAUCAGAGCAUCAGACAGAAGAACUCAAUGAAGAAACACAGUCUGUCAUUGAGAGAUUUGGAGGACGACAUCAUUUCAUCGGCCUGAACACACAAGUGUCUGAGCUGAUGGAGAAACUGGAGCAGAUGGUUGAGGAAAAUAGUGGAGUUCGUUUCUCCACAGAGACAUUGAUGGAGGCACAGAUGGAUAAACUGCAGAAAUUAGAAGAAAUGAAGACGAGAGUCCAUUCAUUCGAGACGUGGUUUCAGUCACAAGAUUCAAGAGACAGAGAAAAUGAUCUGAGGAUUGUGCUGCUGGGAAAAACUGGAGUUGGGAAAAGUUCAACAGGAAACACCAUCUUAGGAAGAGUCAUGUUUAAAGCUGAAACAUCUCAAGAGUCUGUUACUGAAGUGUGUCAUCGAGAGAAAGCUGAAAUCAACAACAGACACAUCACUGUGAUCGACACUCCAGGACUGUUUGAUACUGAACUCAGUAACGAAGAAAUCCAGAGAGAAAUCAGCAACUGCAUCCCAAUGAUCCUGCCUGGACCACAUGUGUUCAUCAUCGUGCUCAAUUUAGGACAACGAUUCACUCAAGAAGAAGCAACAGCAGUGAAGAUCAUCCAAGAGACGUUUGGUGAACACUCAUUAAUGUACACCAUGGUGCUCUUCACCAGAGGAGAUGAUCUGAAUGAUAAAACCAUUGAUCAGUGUUUGGGAAAACCUGGAUCUGCUUUAAAUGAACUGAUUAAAGCGUGUGGAAACAGAUUCCAUGUGUUCAAUAAUAAUGAGACUAGAGACCGAACACAAGUGACCGAUCUACUGCAGAAGAUAGACAACAUGGUGAAAGAAAACGGAGAGAGUUACUACUCAUGUAAGAUGUUCAGAGAGAUGGAGAGAGAAAUACAAGAACAACAGAAGAACAUACUGAUGGAGAAAGUGGAGCAAGUGAACAGAGAAAAAGAAGAACUGAUGACAAAACAUGAAGAAGAGAAAAAGAGAAUGAGGAUGAAGAUGGAGGAAGAACAACAGAUUCACGAGAAAGAGAGAAAGAGAAGAGAAGAAGAAUUUAGAGAGAGAGAAGAACAAUAUAAAACAGAGAUAAAAGAAAGAGAAGAACAAGAGAGAAAGAUACGAGAGGAACUGAAGAGAGAACGAGAGGAAUGGAUGAAACAGACACAACAAGAAAGACAAAGAAGAGAAGAAGAGGAGGAGAAAUGGAUAAAGAGAGAACAGGAAAUGAUGGAGGGAGAAAAACGGAAGCGUAACAAAGAGAGAAAGAGAAGAGAAGAGGAAUUCGAUGAGAUGGAACAGCGAUAUAAAAUGGAGAUGAAAAAAGAACGGGAGAAAUGGGAGUCACAGGAACGACAAGAAAGAGAAAGAAGAGAUGAAGAGUUGAGAAGAUGGAGAAGGAAACAACAGGAAACAGAAGAUGAAUAUUAUGAGAAACUUAAACGAGAAAGAGAAAGACAACAACUUCAGUCCGAUUAUGAAGCACAGAUGAGAAUGAUGAUGAUGAAGAAGAUGUAGGAAGAAAGAAAGAAUAAUGACAAAGAGAAAAAGAGGCUAGAAGCACUGAAUAGAGAACGAGAGGAAUCGGAGAAACAGAAUCAACAGUAAAGACAAAGAGAAGAAGAAACACCCAACUCUAUUCAACUUCAUACAGGAACUCCUGAGGUUCAGCAGACAAACAAGUCAGAAUAAAAACCAUCUCAUUUUAAAUUAAUUUGACAAAAAUGUAGUAUUUGGGAGUGAACAAAGCUUUUAUCGCACUACACUGUGCUUUUCAACAGUUUAUAUGACUGCUGUAUUACUUAGGAAAUAUUUCACUGGUUUAUGAUCAUCAGUUACUCAAGCAGUUUAGGAUCAGCUGAAAGCAGAAUUUAAUCAGUUGUUGUUAGUCUGUAAACUCGUUGUCAGAUUCAGAUUCAGAUACACUUUAGAAAUGAUAACAAAGAUCUUGAGCCCAGAUGCCGCAGAUUUCAGAAUUGUUCUCUUCACCAGAUGAUCUGAAAGCAGCAGAUUUGGCAUUUUUUGCUUCUUUAAUAAAUCAAGCUCAAGUUUUAAAAAAACAAGCCGAUUAUGAAAAAAAGAGAGAAGGGAUAUGAAAUGGAAUAUAAAAUCAUGAGAAUGAGACAGAGGGAAAAAGAACAAAGCACAAGAUAGAUGAGGAAAGGGAGAGAGUAGUUCAGAGAACAAGAGGAAUCAGAAACAAUCAGAAGAAGAGAAACAGAAAAGAGAUGAAUAUAAACAAAGAGAGGAGAUGAAGAGAGAGAAUGAAGAUCAGUUUUAUUCAGAUUAGUCCUGAAUGUCCCUCCUGCUGGAAGAUGCAAUGGACAGGUAAAGUGUCUGGACUUGCUUUGAUUACUCUUUCUGCACGGUGUGUUGUGGAGGAUCUCCUGAAGUCCUCAGUCUUUAAGUCUUCAGCUUCAGGUUGUUAGAUCUGCCCCGGGACACCAGAUGAUCCUCCUCCAGUCUGUGUGCAGACUCAUGCGGGACAUCUGCAGAAUCAUUUGAAACAUUUAGGAGCUUUACAGAGGCAUGUUUGUAAAUGCAGUUGUUGGUAUAUAAGGCCUGCUGUGCUCCAGUGCUGAGAGUCAGGGAAUCUGAGCUGGGUUUGCCCACUUUUACACACUUUUACACACAAGAACUGUAAAAUCUAUCGCUCCAGUGAAUGAAACAUGAGAUGCUGAUGCAGGAUAUAAUGAUUCUUUAUAGCAUGUGUGUGUGUUUUUAAGAACAAUGCUAAUAAUUGAACCGUAUAAUCUUUGUUCAUGUAUUUAAUAAUUUAUUAUAUAACUCAUCAUUUUCCUUGCUUGCUUUUGUUGUUUAAUCUAAUGUGAAUUGUCUGAUACAGCAAUACAUCUCCGCUCAGUGAUGCUGACAAAGCUAAAAUGUCUCUGUAGUGUGUUUAACCAAGUUUAUUUCAGUGUACAGCCAAUAUAUUCACAUCGACAUAUACACACACAAUUACAGAAGGAAAGAGGGAAGCCAGUUGAGCGGAACGGCCAGCAACAUCCUGACAAUUAAAAGCUUCAACACCUGAACCUGAUCCUGAUUUUUCUGUGUGUUCUUCUGUGUUGCUCUUUCUUCUCCUGCUGUCUAACUGCUGUUAUCAGUGUUGUGUUGUUGGUGAAAUAAAUAGAUGAACAUCAA